GUGUCGGCUUGUUUUCGUCAAUGUUUUCACCCAACAUGGCUUCUCUGAAAUCCCUGCUGGCUUUCUCCAACAGGCUUCUGCCGACAUUAAGGAAGCAGACUCCUGCCACUAACAUCAAGAGGACUUUCUUCCUCCCAGCACUCUUCAAACGCGCAGACGGCGGGUUUGUUGUCUGUGGUCGAAAGUGCAGUUCUACUGCAGCCAAUGCAGAGAAAAGCGAGGACGCCUUCCUGAAGUGGUUCCUGCUGCUCAUCCCUGCAACCACCUUUGGCCUGGGUACAUGGCAGGUGAAAAGGCGUCAGUGGAAGAUGGGAUUGAUCGAUGAACUGAGACGCCUCACCACAGCGGAGCCUAUUCCUCUUCCUCCUGAUCCUCUUGAAGUGAACAAGCUGGAGUAUAGAAGGGUGAAAGUGCGCGGGCACUAUGAUCACUCUCAGGAGCUGUACAUCAUGCCCCGCUCCCCUGUCAACCCAGAGAAAGAGGCCAGGGAGGCAGGAAGCCUGUCCUCGAGUGGAGAGAUUGGAGCAAACGUCAUCACCCCUUUUCAUUGCUCUGACCUUGGCAUCAAAAUCCUGGUCAACAGAGGAUACGUACCAAAGCAGAAAAUACGACCGGAGACCAGAAUGAAGGGGCAGGUGGAGGAUGAGGUGGAGGUGGUGGGGGUCGUCAGGCUGGCGGAAACACGCAAACCUUUUGUACCAAACAACGACGAAGAGAGAAAUCGCUGGCAUUACCGUGACCUGGAGGCCAUGUCUCGCAUCACUGGGGCUGCUCCCAUCUUGAUCGACGCCGACUUCAAAAGCACUAUUCCAGGGGGACCAGUUGGAGGACAGACCCGGGUCACACUAAGAAAUGAACACAUGCAAUAUAUCAUAACUUGGUAUGGUUUGUGUGCAGCUACUUCCUACAUGUGGUAUGCAAAGUUCAUCAAGAAGAUUAAAAUGUAAUCAUGUAUCACUGAAAAUUAUGUUACAGCAAUUCUUGAAGAUGUUGACUAUCAAUGCAUUACUGCCCAUGUACUCAAGAAUACAAAUGAAUACCUUAUGAGCAUUUUUUGUUGCAAAGUUGAAAUUUUAUCUAGCAAAACAAUUAUGCUAGGUGAUUCUGAAAUUCAAAAGGUUGUUAUAAAAGUAUAGUUUCUGUAUGUCCAGGUAACUUCCAUGGUAGACAUUUUAGGAUUAUUGCUUAAAUGUAACAUUGCAUUACAAAGGAUAGAACCUGUUCUGCACAUCUCCAAAAGGAAUGAGCUGGUAGAAAAUUUAUGAAUUUUUACUACUAAAAAAUAAUGCAGUUCCUGGAGAUUUUUUUCUAGUCAGCAACUUGUAAUUUUAAAUAUCCCCUGUAUUGGUAUUGCUCAGCAACUGGCACACAGAAUACACUAUGGAUACUUUAAAUCUUAAAAUUAGCACGGAAAAUAUGAACAUGUAGGACUGUUUAACAUUGUAAAAUCCUGCUUUAUAACACCACAAACCAUAUAGACCUAACAAAACCAGUUGCAAAGCCUCUAGCUGCAGGACAUUCCAUUAAAAUGUUUUAAAAUGGAA